AUGUCUGUUUUACGCUGCCGUUUAAAUGGAUUCUCGGCGUGGAUUAAUGUUCGAUUACAGCCUUAUGAGCACCAAAUCAAUAAUGCCUUAACUGAUCUUAUGAAAGGAACUAAUCUACACACAUUUCUAUUAAGUUUAACUGGUCGUAAGCCACGCAAAAUCAAAUCUUUCGAAAACGAAAUUGUGCCGGAUGACACAGUCGUUGAUUGUAAUUUAUUUGUCCGCAAGAGCGCUGAGCAGAUUUUCGAUUUGCUAUGGAUGAUUGUUAGCCAAGACAUUUGGUUUCUAUGGCAGCAAAUGGAUUUUUUACGCUCUAAUGAUCCGAGAAAGUUAACGGUGACUCCACUAUCGUGGACACCUCCGGAACCCCCUCCACCGAGGCCACAAUCUGCUCGAAAAAUUUCAUUACUACAAGGAUUUCGCUCUGCAGCAUUCAUAACGGAAGGAGAAGUUAAAGAAUUCAACCCCAAAGAUCUCAAAGAUGAAGAGUGCGACAGGCUUAGACUAUCUAGAAGGAAAGGAAACAGAGACGAAUACCCGUUUCCUGAAGAAUGUGUCAUUGAUCUUAUAAAUAAUCAACUAAAAUUAACAAGGGAAGGCAAAAAAUUAAAAAUAGAAGCAUUGAAUGAGUUAGCAGAUGGAAGGAUACUAUGUGCUUUGGUCAAUUCUUUUGUACCCGGGACUUUCACAACUGAGGUUUUGCUUAACGAUAGGUGGUCUAUGAACUUAGCUAUUAAAACGGCAGGAGAUAUGUUUGAUGGUUCUCAUCCAAUUCAUUCCGGCGAUCUUGUAGAGGCUGAUAGUGUGGGUUUGUGCGCAUUUUGGGCAUCAUUCUUCAUGCUUGGUUAUAAAUAUCGGCAAAGCAUGGCAGCUCUACAGACAAGAAAAAAUUUACAUUUGAAGUGCUUAGAAUUGAAAUCAGAAUUUGAUCAAUUUCCAGCGGUUGUUUCUUCAAUGGCUCAUCUACAGAGGCGAACACAAAUUGUUAGUAACUUACGGGAAUUGGAAGAAGAAAUUGCCACAAUAGAAACUAAUUAUGAUUUAGAGAUGUGUGAGAAGUGGAAAGAGAGAGUGGAAAGAGUUCAGAGUGAGCAAUUAACCAAUGGAACAGGAUAUUAUUCUAGUAGUACUCGUGAAACCGUUUGGAACGGUCGUAGAAUGAUUUUAAAGGAUAAGAAAUCAGGGCAUUUUUAUGAUGAUUUUACUACACGACGAAAAAAUCAUUCCGAUGUUCGUUCUAUUCUCGGUUUGGAUCCUUACGAAGUUGUGGAGAUUUCACCUAAUGAUGCCAGUAAUUAUGAAGUUUACUUUGAAAGUCCAUCAAGAAAUAAAAUGCUUAAAGUUGGAACUAAAUUUGUGUAUCAAGUCUUUCCAGGUAACACCUUAAUAUGUGAACGAUUGUACCACAGAGCAGCAAAAAUGGGUGAAUUAGAUACCAUCAAGAAAUUGGUCAUAUUCUUUAAGAAGGCCGAAUCAUUUGUGAACUCAAGAGAAAAACGAAGUGGGAAUACUGCUUUACAUUUAGCUUGUAAACACGGCCAUAAGGAUGUUGUUAUAUACUUAUUGGAAUGUGGUGCUAAUAUUAAUGCUUUAAAUAAUCAUGGAAAUACGGCUCUAUUUGUAUCUAUUGAAAAUCUUCAUCGCGACAUUAGUCAAUUACUAAUCGAAUGGGGAAUAGAUGUCAUGACCAAAAAUCUUCACGAUAAAACAGUGUUCGAAACGAUUCGAAAUAAAGAGUUUGGAGAUUACCUGAAAGGAAAAUAUGAAGAAUUAAAAUCUUUAGUACCUGAUAUUAUCAAUGGCAACGCAGCAAGAAUUGAAGAAAGUAUCAAAAAUCAUAUAGCCAAUGUCAGUACAUUUGCUAGUCUUCGCAGUCGUUUUAUUAAUGGUAGUACAUUAUUGCAUAUGGCUGCACACCAUGGCAACAUUGCUGCUAUCAAGCUUUUGCUAUUUGAUAAUCGUUUGGAUGUUAAUGUCUUGGAUUACAAAGGUGCAACGGCUCUACAUCGAGCACACAAUGAGGAAAUUGCUACGUUACUAUUAGAUUUUGGUGCGCAUGUGGACGCUGUUGAUGAUGAAGGCAAUACGCCUUUGCAUACGAAGUGCUAUGGAACGGCAACAAAAAGAACUGAAAUGGAUACCUUAUAUGUCUUGAUUAAUAGAGAAGCUCCAUUAACAGCUAGAAAUAAUAAAGGCUUAUUACCUGUUCAUUGUGCCGCAAUGCAAGGGAGAAUUGAUGCUUUGCAAUUACUGUUUCAAUAUGAUAAAGUUAAAGGUGCUAUUAAGAAGAGUUUAAAGCAAGAAGAUGAGAAAAUUCCUAGUUUAGUUUACCUGGCAAUAGCUAAUGACUUUCUAAAGUGUGCGAAGUGGCUGAUUGACAAUCAUAUGCAAUUCAGAACCGGAGAACAAAACACUUUAGUUCAUAAGCUUUUAGUUGAGCAAAUUCCGAGUUCCGAUAGAGCUAUCACCUUUCAAUUCUUAUUAGCUAAUGGGGCAAAUCCUAACCCGAAUUAUCCUGGGGGUAAUAGAGCCAUCCAUUUGGCUGCGGGAUUGUCGGGUAAUCCCGAUGUUUUAGAGCUACUUAUUACUCAUGGUGCUGAAAUUAACGUAAUGAAUGCAGACAAUAGCUCUCCGUUAUUUUUCGCUACCAAGGUUAACAACUACCGAUGUGCAAGUGUAUUAAUUAAAUCCGGCGCUAAUAUAAGAAUAAAAAAUACACAAGGUUUAACCGCUUUUGAUUACAUUGAAGAUUUUGAUGAAUGGAUCGAUAGCCGUCAUUUUGAUGAUGAUACUAUAGCAAAAUUAAAAGCUUACAAGAUUAAACAUUCAAGAGAUUUAAUACAUGCCAUUUCGCAUAAAAUCAAAGGUAGCAAUCAAGAAGAGAGAAGAAUUGAUAUAGCUAAAAAUUCUUAUGCUUUAAGUAAAGCUUCUAAUAGUAGAAGUGUUGUUUCUUUACCUCAUAUCUAG